GCUAUCAAAAAAAAGCGAGCGUAGAAAAAGGAACGCAAAGAAAAUAGCAAGAAAACGGAAUUAUAAGAAAAAUACGAUUUUUGAUUGUAACUUGCAGUAACUGGCUACGGAUUUGUUCUGUGAAAUUUGCUGAAUUUGAAGUUAUUCGUGAUAGUGCUAAGUUCGUACUUCACGGUGUGUUCGAGCGUCGUGCGGACUUCGAAUGAGCGUACUGGCGAAACAAUGAUAAGCCAGGUAACCGUGGAAGCGCAUCAUUCGGCCACCUACGUGGAAAAUUAUUUGGACUCGGUUGAGAACCUUCCGGACGAUGUCCAGCGACACUUGUCCCGGAUACGGGAGAUCGACGUGUUGUAUCGGAAUCACCUACGUGAUGUGAGCGUCUAUUACGACCAGUGGAGCAGCAUGAAUGGGUCACUGGGCCAAUUGAAUGGUGGUAGUGGUGGUGGUGGAGGAGGUGCUGGCAGUGAUUCCUCACAGCCAUCAGUGACAGAACCGAGUAACGCUUCCAGAAGGGCCAUGGCUCGCAUUCAGCAAGGUCUGAUAGCAGCCCAGGAAUUGGGGGACGAGAAGUUGCAGGUUGUACAGCUUCUGCAGGAUCUGAUUGACCACAAGACGCGACAAUUGGAUCAGGAUUUCAAGAAUUUGGGAAGUGAUUUCUUUUCGAGGUUGGAUUAUAAUCGAGAAGAGAAGCUGACCGAAGGGCAGCAGAAAGAAAUUCGUUCCAACAGUCCGGGGUCGUCGUGUUCUCCAAACAAUGUCAAUUCAUCUCCAGCCGCUUUUCAAUUGUCGACGGGAAAUGGUCAAUGUAUCAGCACAGUUGGCACCAACGGUGGAAAUGGAACGUUGGCAAACUCUGGCAAUGGAAGCUUCUCAACAAACAGUGGCACAGAAAAUGGCAAUAAUGGAAGUGGUUCCGGUGGAAACGCGACGGGAAGUACAGGCAAUGGUGCCAGUGGGAAUUCAAACACUGGAACGGCGGAGCGCGGAUCGAAACGAGCACGAAGGACACGAAAUGAGCAAAACAGUGGUAGCGCCAACGGUUCCAGCACACCGAAUUCCAGCUCCGGGAUGCACAUACCGAUGGAAAUUGAUUCGAUCGAUACAAGCCAUGUCAAGCAGGAAAUCGGAAGCAGUAGCGGUGUGGGACAGGCUUCCGGUAGUGGUGCCACAGGAAGUGGCAGUGGUAAAGGCGCCUCAGGUCAGUCUAGUGGUGGUGGUGGUGCCGGCGGUAGCGGCGGUGGCCAAGGCAAAAAAGGUAGCGCAGGCUCGGGGAAAAAGAAAAAACGAAAGACCGGUCGGGGACAGGCACGGGAAGCCCGCGAGGACACACCACCACCCGAGGAAACCAUCGAUCCGGAUGAGCCGACGUAUUGCUUGUGUGAUCAGAUCUCCUUCGGCGAGAUGAUCCUCUGUGAUAACGAUCUGUGCCCGAUCGAGUGGUUCCACUUCAGCUGCGUCGCUCUGAUGUCCAAACCGAAGGGUAAAUGGUUCUGUCCCAACUGUCGCGGCGAUCGGCCGAAUGUGAUGAAACCGAAGGCGCAAUUUCUGAAGGAACUCGAACGCUACAACAAGGAAAAAGAGGAGAAAACCUAAAAAAUUGUUUAUAAUAGUUUUUCCCGGGUAAAUCUAGCUUUGGGUUUUUAUUUGAUCAGUUUUUAUUUUCUGUUUGCUGCCCGGAAAGAAAAGGUCGCAGAAUUGUCUGCGAUUCCAACAGAUUUUCGGUGCGGAAAUCGAAUCGCCGUUUUUUUCGCGACAAGAUAUUAGAAUUUCCGACACAUUCAUUAUCUCUUCUAAAUUUUACUAAACCGAACCUUUCUACUAGUGCGUAGCAGAAUAUUUUUAAGCCUAAGACGAUACUUUCUGUGAGGUUUAUUUCCUUACUUCCAAGGAUGGAGGUGGCCACUUGAUACUAUUUAUGUUUUACAUUCUAAAGUUUGCAGUUGAAAAAUAAGAGAUAGUUUUUAACGGAAUGUAUUUUUCUCAUGCGAGACGAAACCCAUCUGGCAGUGAGAAAUGAAACAAAAACAAAAAACCACAAAAAUUUACAAACGUGUAUUGUAUUGCGGAAAAAAUAAGAAAUAAAAUAAUUUGACUUAACAUUCUG